UACGAGACUCUACGAAGAUUAAUUUUGUCCGUACUCGGCUUCCGUACACAGCGUGGACUUCAAUGACAUUCUGAGCUUUUAUAAGUCAGUUCACGUGAACGGGGUUUAAAGAUGUCGUUUACCUUUUUAUUCAGAACAAUCACAAGAGACUUUGCAAAGAUCAGUAUUUGCCAGCAUGUACAGUCAUUACACACAGGCUGUCGGCUUCUGGCAGCUGAGAAAGCCCUCCUGAUGAAACUGAGGAAAAACACCGGCUACACUUUCAUUAACUGCAAGAAAGCACUGGAGAAGUUUGACAAUGACAUAGCACAGGCAGAGACCUGGCUGAAUGAGCAGGCCCAGAAGGAGGGCUGGAGCAAAGCGAACAAGCUGCAGGGUCGCAAAGCCAAAGAGGGACUGGUUGGCCUGUUUAUACAAGAUACAGCUGCAGUUAUGGUGGAGGUUAACUGUGAGACAGACUUUGUUGCCCGUAAUGAGAAGUUCCAACUGCUGGUUAAGGAUGUGGCAUUUGCCACCUUGGCUCACCACCGUAAGAAAACCCAAAGCAAGACAGGAUAUGUUAAGAGUGUCCUGGCAGGUGAUGAGUUAAACAAACUCGGUGUGGAUGAAGGAGCUUCGCUUUCUGAUCGGGUGGCUGUCACGAUUGGUCGCCUCGGUGAGAACAUGUCAGUGAGGCGGGCGGUGACAGUGGAGGUCCCAGCUGAGUGGCACAUUGGCUCGUACGUACACGGUGGUGUGCGCGGCCAGACUGAGGUGGCCAUGGGUCGGUACGGCGCCCUGGUCGUAUUUCAGGCCGGAGAGAAGGGAGAAUGGGAAGUUCUAGGACGUAAGCUGGGACAGCAUAUCGUGGGAGAGGCCCCUGUGUCCCUGGGUGACAUGGAUGACCUGCCUUGUGGUGAAAGUGAGACACGUCUGCUGCCUCAGACCUUCUUGGGAGACCCCAGCAGGACUGUUGCACAGUUCCUCAGAGGUCAACAGGCUCGAGUGCUGGACUUUAUCCGAUUUCAGUGUGGCGAGACAGCCAGUGAAGAAGCUAAAUGAAGGGAGGGUAAUCAUUCAUCCAAAAGAAUUUGUGUUGUGUCUUUAUUUAAUAUUAAGAUGAAAUUCAACUACCCAUUUAUUGUUGAACAUUCAGACAGUCACAAAGUGUUAUUGUACAUGUGAGAGCAGAAUAUGUAGGUCUACCAGCACUGGUUCCUGAUGAAAUUACCAAUCCAGCAAUAAAAUGUUUUUAUCCUGGAAA